UGUCUUACUGCGGGUUAUUGUGGCUUUAUGGCUCAUGCUUGCUAGCUCCAUUCAUUUGUUGAUAUUGUGGUCCUGUGUUUAUUUGAUUUCUUAAAGUUUUACUUAUUUCGCAUCAUGGCUAUUCAGCUAAAUGCCCUUUUUAGUGAUUCUUACGUGGAUAUAAGUCAAUACAGAGAUCAACACUUUAAGGGCAAUCGAUACGAACAGGAGAAACUGCUGAAGCAGAGCGGCACGUUGUACGUCGGAAACUUGUCCUUCUACACAACAGAAGAGCAGGUAUACGAGCUGUUCUCCAAAAGUGGAGAUGUGAAAAGGAUCGUCAUAGGUCUGGACAAAGUGAAGAAAACAGCGUGCGGAUUCUGCUUUGUGGAGUACUAUACUCGCGCAGACGCCGAGAAUGCUAUGAGGUUCAUUAAUGGGACAAGAUUGGAUGACCGAAUUAUCAGGACGGACUGGGACGCUGGCUUCAAAGAAGGAAGGCAAUAUGGACGGGGAAAAUCAGGAGGCCAGGUGAGGGAUGAAUACAGACAGGAUUAUGACCCUGCCCGAGGAGGAUAUGGAAAAUUAACUCAACUUCAGAGAACACCUGACGUCCGACAGAAGUUUUAGUUGAGGAUAUAUAAUUUAACAAGAUGUGAGUGAACUUGCAUGUGAGAUGAUAGACUGUUUAUUUUUGACUGUCUUUUUAGAUUGGAAUUGACCAUUGUAUUUAGUCUGGAAUAAAUGUAUCCUUACAAUUUUACCUCUGACCAUUUUUGGAAAGCUUCGGUCAUCUAGAAGCAGGCCAGCUGGGUUUGCUUAUGUUAGGUUCAGAGAUGUGACAUUUUGUUUUGUCUCCACAUUACUUAGCCUAUAGUAUUCAGUUCAUUGAACCACACUUUUUUUUUUAAUAAACCAUGUUUUUAAAAUGAC